AUACAGCAGACAAGGAAGUUUUUCUAGUGAAUGAAUCGGACUUACAUUACUUAUAUGGUGUCCGGUAUGUUUUGCGACCUAUCCUAUCAAUUUGGUUAUAUCCACACCGAACAGUUCGGCAUAGAAAGGGACUAUGUCUCGGAAGGGCGGAUGUUCUGAGGAAACAAGGAUAUAUCUAAACAAUCGAGCGAACUGCAGCCAUAAAACAGACUUAUAGGACAAUAGCGGUCAUCCCAGUUUCAAAUUCUUGUAGUGUGUUGUGUGUAUCACAUUUCACUUGUUGUUGCAGUCAACGGGUCGAUGCAAAUCAUGACGUCCUCAAACCACACGAAAAAUAUCACAACGGUUGUCAACGACGCCGACGUGCUAUUGAAUGACUGGAACGCAAGACUAGCUGGUCUGUUCAUACCUCUGGACGUGUUUUUCAUUUUCACUAUGGUCAUUGGUUUCUUUGGCAACAUUAUAGUAUUCAUUGUUUACCGGUUUUGUAUGAAAGGAAAAAUUAACGAUCGCUUCUUCAUUCCUUUGCUAGCUUUCAUGGACGCAUUGGUGUGUUUGGUGGGACCCCUUAUAUCCCUUAUACUCAGCAUCAGACCCGUCACCUUCUAUGGGAAUGCAAUUUGCAAAAUAUCAAUAUUCGUUUUCCGGAUCACGUUGAACUCGUCCGUUCUACUCAUGUUAGUAAUAGCUGUUCAGAGAUUCAGUAAAGUUUGUCGUCCAUUCGGAAGAAAAUACGACAUACGACGCUGUAAAAAUGAUGCCACUAUCAGUAUAAGUGUGGCUAUUGUAAUGGCCAUCCCUAACUGUAUUUUCUUCGGAGAAAUUCCCGUACGUAGUGUGAUAAAAAACACCACCGUGACUGGUUACCGAUGUGGAUUUCGGACACAGGAGUCUGAAUCGCUGAAUUUAGCCAUAUACUAUUACCAAGUUCUGUGUUUUGUUGUGGUGGUAGGCAUUGUGAUAGCCCUAGUAGUGAUGUAUUCGUGUGUCGCUCAGAAAAUUUACAUUCAGGUUAAACGGGUGGAGCACUCUCGCGCCACCAGCAUGACCUCUGGUUCGGAAAGCGACAGUCCAUAUCCGUCCUCAACACCAAAUAGCUGCAAUAGUGGUACAAAGCAUCGGACAUCUCAACCAAUGCUGGACUGUGAAAUUUCAGCUAGGCAAAAUAUGAUAAGACCUAGCAGAUCCCUUGCGUCUCGAGAGUCACGUAGUUGUCCAACGUCUCCGACAUCUCCCACCGGCAGCAUGUCAAAGCCUCGGUUUAAACAGAAACGAGCACGAUCAGUGAGUAGGCGCUACACGAUCCUAUUCAUGGCGAUCUCAGGACUUUUUGUGUUGUCCUAUCUGCCGACAUUGGUAGCCAACGUGUUUUCCAAGGAAUUGUGGGACUCGCCAUCAUUUUGGAUAAACAUGUCGGACGAACAAAUACAAACGUAUACCUACUUGUUCUUUACCUACUUUAUAAAUCAUAUCGCGAAUCCUUUCUUUUAUGGAUUUUUCGAUUCUUCGUUCCGCCGAAAUGUGAUAAAGUCUUGCCGAUGUAGAUGUUUGCAGUAUAAAUUUGGAUAAUGGAACAUUGUUUAUGAAUUUCUUGACAAGCAUGAGCCACGAAAAUGAGGACCAUCAUAUUUCACCGACGUUGUAAAUGUCCAAUUACAAAUCCAAACAUCUACAAAGCGAUCUAAAUAAACUAAGUCAUUAAAAUGUAACUUUUUAUUAAUUAAAAUAUUACUGACAUACAA